AUGCAUCUUUCAACAUCGCUCGUGCUAGUCUUGGCCGGCUCCGCUCUGGCAGCGCCAAUUCAGAAUGUGGAGGCUCGCUCGUAUGAGGCUCUCGGGGCAUACUACCCCAUCCCUGAGAUUCAGAUGAAGCGAAACGCCGAGCUCAAACGUGCUGCCGAGCCUCAACGCGGCGGGAUCAUGGAGUACAUCAAGCGUGACCCGGAGGCUCAGCGCGGCGGGAUCAUGGACUACAUCAAGCGUGACCCGGAGGCUCAGCGCGGCGGGAUCAUGGACUACAUCAAGCGUGACCCGGAGGCUCAGCGCGGCGGGAUCAUGGACUACAUCAAGCGUGACCCGGAGGCUCAGCGUGGCGGGAUCAUGGACUACAUCAAGCGUGAUCCGGAGGCUCAGCGCGGCGGGAUCAUGGACUACAUCAAGCGUGAUCCGGAGGCUCAGCGCGGCGGGAUCAUGAACUACAUCAAGCGCGAUCCGGAGACUUGA